CAGAACUAAAAGUGAUUCGAAAUAGAACCAAGAUGAGAGCCCUGAACUCCUAUUUGACCAUCCUCAUCCUGCUGAUAUCCUGCUGUCUGGACUGGAGUAGUGCUUUGUUCUUCAAGUCCUGGAAGUCCGGAAAGGGCUAUGGUGCAGAGCAGAACUAUGGAAAUAAUGAGUACUCGUAUGGUGGAGUUCACAACUAUGCCAAUAAUGACUAUGGAAACUACGGCUACGGAAGCUAUGCUGGAGGAUACGGCUACAACUAUCCUUCGUAUUCGUCGUACUCUCACCCAAAUGGAAGACGAAAGCCCUCCGGAAACCGUCAAGGGCGCACCUACUCGCAAAUAUCGAAGGUCAUAAACCAAGCUCCCUAUGUGGGUCCUGGAGGCAGUCGGUACCUGCCCCGAGCUCCCUAUUCGGCUUUGUGGGGCUAAGCAUUUCCCCAUCUAAAAUCACUUUGUCAGCAGUAUUAAACAUUAAAAUGAAACCAGCGAAAGUUAAUCUAUCAACAA